UCUUGGCCUGUGACGCUAUCUUUCUAGGAAGACCAUAUUGUUGCAAGAUCUGCAAUGGAGACCCUAUGGAUGCAAUUGAAAGAUUUGAUGAAAUCUGUGAAGUUCAAGAUUCAUCUUCUUUGCUCAGCAAUGAGCAGGAGAGGAAGUGCCUUUACAGGAAAUGCAGAGCGGAACCACUAGAGUUUUCCGAGGGACUGAGGAGGGCUCAGCCCUGCCAGGCAGGAGCCAUCUGUGCCUCGCAGGGAUGGCAGGCAAGUACCAGAGUGAGGCAGGAGUGCCAAGGGAAAUGGAAGAGGAACAGGCUGAGUUUCAUACACUUGUCCAGGAGUUCCUGAAAUGCUCCUUGGGGAACCAUGUGUAUCCUGAGCAAAAGGAACACCAAAGAAGGAAGCAGGAGUGCCAGCUGGUGCAAGCUCUGGUCAGCAGGAUCAUGGCUUCAGUGCAUGAGUGCAACAUGGAGCUGUUCACGGGGGAAGCCAUCCUGGUGGGCAGCCAAGCCCAGGACCUCCAUGUCCAGACAGAGUCCAGCAGCAGCGACUACGACUUCCUGGUCCCCAUCCAUUACAACACGAAUCUGAUCCUUAUGGGCAGCCUGUACAGCAAGCUGUACACCCCAAAAGGUCUUCUGCCUGUCUGGGAGAGCUUGAAGCCCGGGGUGCCGGUGUACCGCUGGGGGAACAAGGUAGUGGUGGAUUAUAACAAGCUAAUAAUGAGAGAUCUCUUGGAGAGGAAGACUGUAGACGUGGACCUCACAGGAGAAGACAUAAAAACAAUAAAUAACCGGCAGCUACAGAUUUGGAAGAAUGGCAUUGAUCCAUAUAAUGUAAUGACAGAAUUGUGGGAGUGUGUCCAGAAAGCUCUGACUGAAGAGAGAAGAAACCUUGCUACCGGAAUUAGAAACAUUAGACUGGAGAACACUGUGGGUAUUACACCAGUUAGUCCAGCCAUACAGCUCAGUGCAGAGGUGAAUGGCCAAACUGUGUCUAUAGACCUGGUGCCCACCAUCCGGAAUAAACUGGACAUGUUCAUGGAUUGGCCGCAGCAGGAUCUCAAGUGGCUUUCCGACUGGUGGGACCGGAAGCAGGGCACUGAGCAGAGAAAACCCACCUGGAAUAUCAUGGAAAUUUACAAAACUGGGACAGAUCUGGUGGCCAAGAAUUCAUACUGGAGGCUCUCCUACUCCCUGGCUGAGACCCGUCUCCUCAGGGACAUUGACCUCGAUGGUGCUGGGUGGAGGCGGGAGGCACUGCAGCUGCUGAAGCAAAUCAACAUGGAGAAGUGGGUACCGUGCUACGGCAAAGUCCUGACCUCCUACCACCUGAAGAUGGUCCUGUUUUGGGCUUCUGACCUUAACCCAGAGACCGAGAACUGGGCCACGGUGCUGGAUGCUCUGGGGACCCUGCUAAAGGUGCUGGAGUUCAGCCUGGAGAAGAGACACCUGCCCAGCUACUUCCUACCUUCGAUUAAUUUCUUUGACUGGCACCGGACUGAGGAAGAGAGAUCCCUGAAGAACCGGGUGCUGGAGGUGCUCAGACUGGAGGUGAGGCUGAUGAGAUGCAGCCCAGAACAGUACCUCCAGCUGAGCUACGACCUGGCCAAGACCCAAGGCCCAGGACCCUUCAUCCAACAGGAGCGGGAGCUCGACGAGUUUAGAAGGGAGCAUCAGAAAGACUUUGAAGAGUUCAAAAACCUGAAGGAAGAAAAACAGCCAGGACAGGGAGCUGCGAGUAUCUUCUUCGCCCAACACAGACACUUGGGCUCAUGUCUGCAGUUAAAUAUUCUACGCCAGUGAUUCUCAAACUGGGAGUCGGGACCCCUCAAGGGGCCGUGAGGUUAUUACAUGGGGGGGUCGUGAGCUGUCAGCCUCCACCCCAAACCUCGCUUUGCCUCCAGCAUUUAUAAUGGUGUUAAAUAUAUGAAAUAGUGUUUUUAAUAUAUAAGGGGGGGUCACACUCAGAGGCUUGCUGUGCGAAAGGGAUCACCAGUACAAAAGUCUGAGAACCCCUGUUCUACGCUAACUUCACUUGGCUUUGGAUUUAUCCUGGGGGAACAGAGUCUGCUUAAAAACCAUGAGACUUGAUUAAAAAACAAUGUUUUUAAACAAUAA